AAUCAAUCAGUCGCGCGGGAUCGCGAUUACGACUUCAAUUGCUCACGGAAUUAUCGGGGGUGGAAAAGAGAGUGUUUGUCCAUAUUUUGGCUACAGCGAUUGAGACCAGCGUAAACAAGGGCAAACAAAGAACGCCAUGCCUAUCGAAGUCAUUAACCUCUUGUCGAGCUCGAGUCCGCCUCCUCGAGCUCCGAUUGUGCGCCCGAGGAACACGUAUAAGGCGCCCCUGGAGGCGGCUGCAAGGCUUGCUAAAGUUACAGCGUCGGAAGCUGUGUCUGUGGCUGCCAAGGCGAGCGCAAGCGGAAGCCGUGACAAGAGGAGUGAUUCGCGGGAUGGGUUUAAGAGUAUUAAGAGCACAGUCCAUGGAAAGGCGCAGGAGUGGAUAGAUCUGGAUAAUGAGGAUAUCACCGCGUUGCCGGCUGCUGUGCCAGAAGUAACGCGCAGCCCACUUGUGAGCACUGGUUGGGAUUGGAGCAAUGUACCAGUUGAGCCAGAAUCCGAGACUUUCUACAGACCAUCACCGCUCUCCAAAAGGCCAUCGAAUAAUGAUUUUAUGUUCCUUUCCGACGACUCUCUUGAUUCCGGCAUCGCAGACACGUUUCGUCCGCCAGCAGACUUACACCCUCCCCCAAGCAAAAGGCAGAGGGUGACGCCCGAACCCGCGACGCUGCCUCCGUUGAACAAAGGUUUUCGGAGAGUAGUCUCGGAUAUCUCAGCCGCGCCACCGUAUUCCAAAACCACUACUGGACCACCGAAGGCGAGUGGGUUGAAGAGAUCGGCGACGUGUGUUUUCGACGAUGACCCGAUCACGUUUACAUCGUCGCCGGAUUUCCUGCAGUUAGCUGAGGAAAGGAGGCGCCAGCGGAGGCGAGAAAUAGAGCGGGAUGCAGAUCUAUCUGAUAUUGAAGAAAGUAGGCCGGCAAAUACUGUUAGUAGGGCGGCGGUGGACGUGUUCGACGAUGACGAUUCUGAUUUCGACCUGCCGGAUAUCGCUGUGAUGGCCUCCCAGGUUGCAUCCGGUCAAGUAUCUGCGAUUGCUCGUGCCCCUGCUGCGUAUAUCGCCUACAAACCCGGUAGUGGCAAGAGUGCUCCAAAGGUUGAUAAGCCUAAACGUGUCGUCAAAACCGCAGAACAGAAGCAGGCUGAGAAAGAGGCUGAAGCUGAGCGUAAGCGGCUUGUUAGGGAGGGGAAGGCGAGAGACAAACAGAUUGCGGCGGAUCUAGCGAAGGUCAACACCCUGCGCAUCGACAAGAAAGUCGCAACCCCCGAGAUGAUUGCGGUGUUUCCAUCUGGUCUCGAUGAGAAACUCAGGCAGCAGGCCGAGGGAUUCUUUGGGAAGAUAGGAUGUAACUACCAAGAGUGGGAUUGCAGUGGCACCGUGCAGAAUGUGCUACGGUGGAAGAGAAAGGUGGAUGCAAAGUACAACGAAACAGAGGGACACUGGGAGCCUGUACCUUCUGUGAUCGAAGACGAGAAACACGUCCUUUGCUACAUGCCCGCCGCCGAAUUUGUAGCUCUCGGAACGAACGAGGAUGGGAAGGAUCUUGACUCUCACGUACUAAGGAUGAAGGCGCGGUUUGAUGGGUUCGAGAUAAUCUAUCUUAUUGAGGGUCUAACUGCGUGGAUGAGGAAGAAUAGGAAUGUGAGGAAUCGCCAGUUUACGGAUGCGGUGAGGCGGCAGAUGGGUGAAGUGGACGGGGGAACAAGCUCCCAGAGGUCGAGGAAGAAGGCUGCGGAGUAUGUUGAUGAGGAUAUGAUUGAGGAUGCGCUGCUGCGGCUGCAGGUUAUUCAUGGCGUGUUGAUUCAUCACACAACUGCUCUGGUGGAGACGGCGGAGUGGUUCGCGGUGUUCACGCAGCACAUCGCUACCAUACCCUAUCGCCGCCAACGUAUGGCCCUCGACACUGCGUUUUGCAUGGAGACGGGGCAGAUCAAGACCGGCGAGGACGCACCGGACACCUAUGUCAGGAUGCUGCAAGAGGUCAACCGCGUGACGGCUCCUAUUGCGUAUGGUAUUGCAGCAGAGUAUCCAAGUGUCAAGACGCUGGUCGAGGGCUUGAAGAAGGAGGGGAAGGAUGCCUUGACGCAUGUUCGAAAGAGCGCGAACAAGGACGGGGUGUUUACGGAUAAGGAGGUUGGGAAAAGUGUUAGCAAGCGGGUGUGGAGUAUUUUCACGGGGACGGAUGAGGGGAGUACUGAUGUUUAGUUUGGUUACGGCCAGCUCCUUGGGUCACUAUUGCCGCCCAAACUUAUGAAGAAGAUUGAAACCGGC